GUAACGGAUCGCGUCCGCGACCGCGAAUCGCGGGGCGGUACUGACCGACAAACAACCAAGGAUUUAUGCAAUUUUAUUCGCGUCAUUCCCGAUCUUUCUUUCCGUUUCAAUCUCCCUUGAAGUGGCAUCAUAAGCUAUAGAAUCUGACUUUUAGAUUGUCAUUAUCAUUCAUUAUAUUUAAGCUUUAUAAUGGAUCUAUCUUCCCGUAAAGUUGAAAUUUUCGGUAUAAUACUUAGGUUAUCAUUAGUAUCAGCAGUCUCAUUUCUCGGUGUAAAAUGGUUGAUGAAACAUUUAGAUCCUACAGCAAAGAACAAACAAAAUGCUAAAGAGAUUGCAGAGAAACGUUUGAAGAGAAUUGCAAAAAAUGGUAAAUCAGUGGCCAUCGAUAAACUCAAUGAAUAUGAAUUGAUGAUUGCAGCCCAACUUAUUCAUCCAGAUGAUAUAUCCAUAACAUGGAAAGAUAUUGCUGGUCUUGAUGAUGUAAUCACUGAACUAAGAGAAGAAAUAAUUCUUCCAAUAAUGCGUAGAGAUUUAUUUGAACAUUCAAUAUUGUCCUUGCCACCUAAAGGUAUUCUACUGUAUGGUCCUCCAGGAUGUGGAAAAACGUUGAUAGCAAAAGCCACUGCCAAAGAGGCUGGAAUGAAUUUUAUCAAUCUAGAUGUGUCUUGUUUGACAGAUAAAUGGUACGGUGAAAGUCAGAAACUAGCAGCUGCUCUAUUCACUUUAGCGGACAAGAUACAACCUUGCAUCAUCUUCAUUGAUGAGAUUGACUCCUUUCUUCGUGAUAGAAGCACAAAUGAUCAUGAAGCAACAGCUAUGAUGAAAGCACAAUUCAUGUCGUGGUGGGAUGGUCUCAUUACAGAUCCCAAGAGCUCGAUUAUAAUUAUGGGUGCUACUAAUAGGCCACGUGAUCUAGACAGAGCCAUUUUGAGAAGGAUGCCUGCUGCAUUCAAUAUUGGCUUACCUCGUACACCUCAGCGUGAACAAGUCCUCAAACUAAUUCUCAGUAAAGAACCAAAAGAAGAAAAUAUAGAUUUUCAUCAACUUGCUGUACAAACAGAUGGAUUCUCAUGUUCAGAUCUGAUGGAAAUGUGUCGUUCAGCGGCUGUGUAUCGUGUGAAGGACUUCUUGAAUCUUGAGAAAACAAAAAAAGGAGAUGAGGUAUUUUACGAUACUCUAAGACCCAUAGCAAUGGGAGAUCUACUUUAUGCUGCUGAAAAAGUCCGAUCAGCAAAAAUGUUGUGUGGUUCCUUCCAUUUGCAGACUAGUUUAGAUGUGGAAUAGCUAUGGGUAAACCACCUUUUUUCUUUGGUGAAUAAUAAGGAGAAAGAAGAAAAAAUUGAUGAUUUUGUGAAGUCUUUUAAAUUGUGUGAGAAUUAUCAGAAAAACUAAAUUUCUGGCAGAAGAUCUCAAAAUCAUAGUGAAAUGAUUUGCUUUGAGAUUGUCAACUGAAUUUUUUUUUCUGGAAUUCAUAAAUUGGUUUUCAAUGUGUGACAAUAUUCCCAAUUAUACUUUUUCAAUGCAUCAAUUGUUCAUUUGAGUGGUUGUUUAAAAUUGAAUUUGAAUGGCAGCAAUUGAAAUUGGUCAAGUUUUGUUCGAAUUUACUUUGCUUUUUUUGUAAUUUUAAAUUAAAUUAAAUUCGAAAAUAUAUUUUUAAGGAUUGAUGAAAUGUGAUCAAAGUGUGAUAUCGAUAUUUUUUUACGAAUCUAGUCUCCACACCUGUAUAAAUGAAGAUUGUAUGCUGGCUAGUAUGAAUUAGAGGAUAUAUUAAUAAAAGAAAACAAGAAUGA